GAAAUUUUCAUCAGUUACGUUUGUACCGCGGGAGCGUGAAGAUAGACACAGAGAACUCCUCAGUGACACAUACAGUUAUACCGAACGCUUAAACAAAAUGGAUCGUUUUGUUAUAAAACGCGUCUCAGUUCAGUCGUCAAGUACGUGUGCACCUGAUAAAAACACACAGGCCAACGAGCCUGGCUCGAUCAUAAGAGAGGCCGCAUCUACAUCAGCUUCUGAGCCGCCUCCCAAGAAGAAAGUCAAGUCAUGGACAAGGCAGAACAGUGACGAGUUUCUGAAGUAUGGCUUCGUCAAGUGUGAACAGGAAAAGGGAGAACCAAGGCCUCAGUGUGUGAUUUGCAGUGAAGUUCUCGCAAAUGAGAGUUUGAAGCCAUCAAAAUUAAAGAGACAUCUCGAAACCAAGCAUCCUAGUCUGGCUACAAAACCAGUUGACUAUUUCCAGAGAAGAAAGGAACAAAUGAAGAUGUCAGUGAAAGUUCUAAAUACAGCAACCACUCUUAAUGACAAAGCACAAUUAGCAUCAUAUUUAGUUUCAUAUCGCAUUGCAAAAGAGAAAGUACCAUACACAUGUGGUGAGAAACUUAUUCUCCCAUCUUGCGUGGAUAUAGUGAGCACGAUGCUCGAUGGAAAGUCGGCAGACAAGAUCAAAUGUGUCCCAAUCAGUGAUACAACAGUGUCACGGCGGAUAAGUGAUAUCGCAGAAAAUUUGGAACUUCAGCUGGUGUCACACCUACAGACUGCUGGAGAAUUUGCUAUUCAGCUGGACGAAAGUACUGAUAUAUCUAACUGUGCAGUGCUCCUGGUGUACGUCAGAUACGUACAUGAAGAUGACUUUUUGGAAGAUAUGCUUUGCUGCUUAACCUUACCUACUCAUUCAUCAGGAUCUGAGAUAUACAGAGUGCUGAAUGACUGCAUAGUUGGAAAAUACAAGCUGAACUGGGCCAAUUGCAAAGGAAUUACAACCGAUGGAGCAGCAAAUAUGACUGGGAAAAAGAGCGGUGUUGUGACGAAAAUAUCAGAAGCAGCCGGUAAUGAUGGAACUUGGAGACAUUGUUUCAUCCACCGUGAAGCGCUGGCUGCCAAAGGUAUCCCAGACAAUCUCAGAGGUGUUUUGAAUGACGUUGUGAAAGUUAUCAACACAAUCAAAGGAAAUGCACUUAACAGUCGGUUGUUUGAACUCUUGUGCCUGGAGAUGGGAGCUGAUCAUUCACACCUUUUGUAUCAUACGGAAGUUCGAUGGCUCUCCCGCGGGAGAAUUCUAACAAGGGUUUAUGAGCUAAGAAUGGAAAUUCAUUUUUUUCUCGAGAAAAAAUCCAGUAUGGCAAGCUUGUUUUGCAAUGAUGAGUGGAUUCUAAAACUUUCAUAUUUAUCAGACAUUUUCUCAAAGCUAAAUGAGCUUAAUCUAAAACUGCAAGGGAAAGAAACUGAUGUAUUACGACACUGUGAGGAAGUAGAAGCAUUUAAGAAGUCAAUAAUGCUGUGGCAAGCAAGGCUUGCAGUUGAUCAACCUCUUUACUAUAUGUUCCCAACACUUUUGCAGCAUAUUGAAAAACAUAAUAACACCAGUGAAGAAACCAUGAAGAAAUUGAAAUGUGAUAUACAGCUGCACCUCCAUUCUUUGUCAAGCAGUUUUGAACAGUAUUUUCCUGAAGAAAACCUUAAGAAUAUAAGAGACAACCAUUGGGUGAAGGACCCUUUUGCAUUUGAAAAACCAGAAGCUGUUAUAGGGCUAAACCUUACACCUGAUGAAGAAAAUGAACUUCUUCAUCUGACAAGUGAUACAUCAUUAAGAAUCAGGAUGCGGUCAUCACCUCUGUCAUCAUUCCGGAUAAGUGUUUCCAAGGAAUUUCCACAUCUAAGUAAGAAAAGUAUUUUACUUUUGAUCUUCUUUACAACUACAUACUUGUGUGAAGCUGGGUUCUCAACCUUGACAAAACUAAAAAGCAAAGAAAGAAAUCGACUCAAUCCUACAGCCGACAUGUGUGUGGCGUUAUCCUCCUGCAAGCCAGACUGGAAUAAGACAACGAAAGACAAGCAGGCACACCAGUCACACUGAACACGUAAGUGCAGAC